AGCACUGAGCCCUCCCCAAUUGUUCAAGCUUCCAACUACAUUCCACCGCCUGCGCAUCACUUCACUGCAGAUGAAAUCUCACAAAAUGCUCACCAUGUCAACUGGCAGACAACUGUUGAUGCCAUAGUCAAACAUCCUUUCGGGGCAAUCAUAGAGUACCCUGAAACUGGAUCAGUCAUGGGACAAGCAAUCGCACACAUUUUCCCAAUAUCUGCGAACUGCAUUACUCAUGGGUUUGACAAUCCUAAAGCUUCAUUUCAGUACUUGUUGGGUGACGGACAUGGAGGCCAGAAGAACAUUCUCUGCCAUUUGCUUUCAGAUAGCACUGAUGGCAAACCAGUUAAGUGCAACAGGAUUUCAACAUCUUGUAAG